AGUUUCUUCAUUCUCACUUCUUCGAAAUAAUUGUUACUAGUUUCAGUUUUUUGAUCAAUUCUUGCAAACAAUAGUACUAUAGUCAUGGCAACUCCUAGUGCUACUACCAUUGCCCUGAUGGUUCUUCUACUGGUAGCUCCCGCCGUUUUUGCUGCUGAUUAUCCAAUCAGUUGGACCCAAGGCACCAAUUAUGACGAUUGGGAUUCAGACAAAAAUUUAGUUGUCGGCGACACCAUAACUUUCGAAUAUGGGCCAUCGCAUACAGUAAACGUCGUAGACAAGGAUACCUAUGAUAACUGUGGGUCAGCUGCCAUAAGUAAGCAUAGUGAUGGAAGCAGCAAAAUUCCUUUAGUAGCUGGAACCAUGUAUUUCAUUUGCCCAGAAGGCAAUCAUUGUGCUGAUGGAAUGAAAUUAUCGGUCGAAGUCGGCGAUGCAGAUACCCCACCAACUCCUACUGCUCCUACCACUCCUGCAACACCUGCAACACCUACUACUCCCACUCCUACACCACCUACUACUACCACUCCUCCAACACCCACUGCCGAAACUCCUCCCUCAAAACCUAGCACACCUGCAGGCGGAACUGGUGCAGCAACUAGCAGUGUUAACAUGAAUUUCAUUAUGAUCGGAGGUUCACUUUUGUUGGCUUCUUUGUUUGCAUUUUUGGGCUAGGAAAGAGGCAGUGCUUAUGAAUUACAGUUACGUUUGGUUUGUGAAUCCUUAUUAUGUAUGUAAAUUGUGCUCAUUUGUUAGUAGCUAUGUAUUCUGUUGAGAGUUUGAUUGUUGAAGGAUCUUUUGGGUUCUUUCA